AUGGCGAACGUCACCACUACCGCCCCUGGCUUUCUCAGACUACCGCUCGAAAUUCGCCAGCAGAUAUAUCAUUGUGUUCUAGUGCAGGACUUCCGAAGCCAAAUCAUUAAGAUGACUGUCCAACAGCAACACAGUGGCGGUUAUAAGUUACGGGGCCUCAAAAACAUCCGAGGUUUGGUGUUUGUCAGCCGUACCUUUCACGCCGAAGUUCUCACAUACUGCUUUGGUCGCUUCAACUUCUUUCUUCACAACGAUUCAGAAUCCAUACGCUUUGUUAUACGGGAAUUCUUCCGAAAAAUUGGACUCAAGAACAGGAAGCUUGUCAAACGAAUCACUUUACCCUACUUCAGCAUUGAGCGCGUACUUUUGCAUCCAGCGAAUAUGGUGGCACUUUUCGCCAGCUCACAAGCGAGGUCUCUGCAGCUCCUUGACGACAUGCAGCGUUCCCUCCGUCUCUUAGAACACUUCUCUGCCCUGGAAGAGCUUGAUCUGGGACUUGAUACUGCGGAGGUCCUGGGCCGUCGUGGUAACCGUCUGCGAUUUGCGGAUAGACAUCGCCGUGCACAGGCGCACAGUAUGGGUAGGGAGGAGCGCAUUGCCCAAGCAUAUCAGAGGGACUACGAGUCUCAUAUUAUGAUGGCUUUGCAAGAAGCGAAGUGGCUGCCAGCAAAAGUAAAUGUUGGCAUCUGGUGGACUUCGGGCCAUGGUGAAAGUCUAGGUACUGACAAGGAAACUGCGGAUGCUCUAGACGAUUUUGUGUCUCGGUUGAGAAAAGAGAUCGCGCCUACACGAGUCACUUAUAAAGGUGAUAUGUAA